UAGGAUCAACGGAACAUGAUUUCGCAGACAUCAUAUAUAUUACAUGGUUCAUGACUGAUUAGGCUUUCAUUAUUUAAUUUCUUACUUGUUGUAAUGACUUGAAAAGCACCCUCUUUCUUCCUAUAAAAAGCAAGGAUAGGAAGCAAGAAACAAGCACCCAUCACGCAUUAAACCUGUUAAGUUGCUACGCAACCAAAAAGGAAAAAAAAGAAGGAAGAAAAACAAAAAUCAAGAAUUAUGGUUGUUGAAGCAGCACCAAAACUUCCUGCUCUUGACUUCAGCCAGGAAACUUUGAAGCCUGGUUCAAGUUGUUGGCUCAAAGCUUGUGGUGAAGUUAGGACAGCACUUGAAGAAUAUGGUUGUUUUGUGGUAGAGUACAAGAAACUAUCUCUAGAGCUUCGUGAUGAAGUGUUUGCGGAGCUGAAGGAGUUGUUUGAUCUUCCUACAGCAGUUAAGAUGCAAAAUAAAUGCCAAAGGCCUUUGAUUAGCUAUAUUGGACAGAAUUCCAGGAUUCCUCUCCAUGAAAGUAUGGGCAUUGAAGAUGCAGAUACUCCUGAGGCAGCUCAGAAUUUCACCAACCUCAUGUGGCCUAAUGGAAAUGAUCGCUUCAGUGAAUGCAUUCAUGCAUACGGGAAGCUUGUAGUGGAGCUUGAUAAAAUCGUGACAAGAAUGAUAUUUGAAAGCUAUGGAUUGGGGAAAUACCAUGACUCUUAUGUCGAAUCUACUUGUUACGUUAUUCGACUCCUGAAAACUAGAGCACCCAAAGAGGAUGAGACUGUUUUAGGGUUGGGAGCUCAUACAGACACCAGCUUCACAACCAUACUUCAUCAGAAUCAAGUUAAUGGUUUGGAGAUAGACACCAAGGAUGGCAAAAAGAUCAAUGUAGAUUUUUCUCCUACAUCCUUCGUAGUCAUGGCGGGUGAUGCCUUAAUGGCAUGGAGCAAUGACAGGAUAAAAUCUCCCAGACACCAAGUGAUCAUGAACGGGAAGGUAGAUAGAUAUUCGAUGGGGCUGUUUACAUUCAACAAUGGAAAUUUACAAGUGCCUGAAGAGCUGGUCAAUGAGGAUCAUCCACUUACUUACAAGCCAUUCAAUCAUAUUGAAUUUCUUCAUUUCUAUCAAAACAACCACCGCCCAAUUAGAUUCUAUUGUGGUAUUUGAUAACCACUGAUUCUACAUUCCACAGUAUUUUUAAUUCUCUUCUGUAUCUUA